UAUUCCAAAACAAGAAAAGAUAAUUAGUUCUUUAAUUUUAAUUUUAAAAGAAAAAUUAACCAAAAUCAUUGUGCAAUUGAGAAAUGACAUCAAAAAUUCUAUUUCAUGGGAGAAGCUGGAUAUUAUGUGGUAAGCUGAACCUACUGAGUCUCAGAUAUAAUCCUAAUGGUACAUGCAAUGCUGCAUCAACGUCCGUGUUGCCACCCGAUAGUCCGAUGAACGUGUUCGACAGGAAUGCAAAGCUGUUGCAGCGCGAACGCGCCGCCAAAGAUGCUAAUGUCCAGUUGUAUGAUUACAUUAAGGACGAUGUGGGCGACAGGCUGGCAGAUAGAAUAUUUGACAUCAAACGAAAGUUUGGUAGAGUCCUCGAUCUAGGAUGUGGCCGUGGUCAUGUGUCCAAACGGAUUCUCAGCGAGUCUGUGGAGGAAUUGGUGCUGGCCGACAUGAGUUCGAGUCUCCUGCAACAGGCUGAUAUCACAGAGGAUAUAAAAGUCAAGAAGGAAGUCAUGGAUGAAGAGAAUCUGUCUUUCGAGCCAGACAGUUUCGACAUGGUGAUCAGUUGUCUGAGUCUUCAUUGGAUCAAUGAUCUUCCUGGAUGCUUUAGACGUAUCAACAGUAGCCUAAAGAAUGAUGGAGUCUUCAUGGCUGCUGUAUUUGGUGGUGAUACGCUUUACGAAUUAAGAAGUUCCUUGCAAUUAGCUGAAUUUGAGAGGUACGGUGGGAUCUCGCCACAUAUUUCGCCAUUCGUGCAAAUCAGAGACAUUGGGUCUUUACUAACGAGAGCGAACUUUACUAUGUUGACUAUUGAUACUGACGAGAUAGUCAUUGGUUACCCAAGCAUGUUCGAGCUUAUGUGGGACCUGAAAGGAAUGGCUGAGAAUAAUGCAGCUAGAAAUCGCAAUUUGCAUCUGUCGAGGGAUACGCUAAUCGCGGCCGCAUCUAUAUAUAAACAGCUUUACGGAAAAACGAAAGAAGAUAACACAGCAUUCGUUCCCGCCACGUUUCAGAUAAUAUAUAUGUUGGGAUGGAAACCGGACGAGUCUCAACCGAAGCCUCUUAGAAGGGGAACGGGACAAGUAUCGCUCAAGGAUUUGUACAGGCUCGAUCAAAUUGUUAAAGAAAGCAAGAAGAUUAAACUGGAUGACGAUGAUAAAUAGCUUGUAUUAAAUAGUCUUUAUUUGAUCGCGCC